UGGCCACAGCCACAUGUGUCCAAACCAAUUUGUUAAGCCCAGCCCUGGCCACGGAGAUCCACGAUCGAUCCGUAAGCACGAGACGUCGACAGCAUGGGGGCCGAGGCAGCCGUCCCGCCGGCCGUGGUGCUCGUGCCGUUCCCGGCGCAGGGCCACGUCACGCCCAUGCUGCACCUGGCGCGCGCCCUGGCCGCGCACGGCGUCGCGGCCACCGUCGCCGUGCCGGACUUCAUCCACCGCCGCAUCGCGGCGACGACGACGGCGGCGCCCGGCGGCGAAGACGACGACAACGCCGGCUACGGCGGCGGCGUGGCGCUGGCGUCCCUCCCCAGCGGCGUCGCGGACUGCGGCGCCGACCCGCCGGGGUUCGCCGAGUUCGGGCACGCCAUGGAGCACCACAUGCCCGCGCACCUGGAGCGCCUGCUAGCGCGCCGCCGCGUCGCCUGCGUCGUGGUGGACGUGCUGGCGUCGUGGGCCGUCCCCGUGGCCGAGCGCUGCGGCGUGCCGGCGGCCGGCUUCUGGCCCGCGAUGCUCGCGAGCUACCGCGUCGUGGCCGCCAUCCCGGAGCUCAUGGAGAAAGGCUUCAUCUCCGAAUCUGGUACCCCGAAGUCAUCGUUAAAUCAGUCCGACGACGAUGGGCAUGUGCUUCGGGUCCUCAAGAUCUUGCCGGCGGAGGUGGAGCUGAAGAACGAGGAGCUGCCAUGGCUCGUGGGCGACUCGGCUACCCAGAGAUCGAGGUUCGCGUUCUGGCUCCGGGCUCUCCACCGCGCGCGGAGCUUCCGUUCCCUCCUCGUCAACUCCUUCCCCGGCGAGGCCGGCUGCGUAGACGACGACGGUGGCCACCCGGCGCGGCAGGGCCCGCGGGUCUUCCCGGUGGGGCCGCUGCUGGCGGCCGGCGGGGGCGGCGGCAACAGCGCGGAGCAGCGAACGAAGGGCGACGGGAGCAACUACAAGCAGCAGCCCAGCAGCAUGUGGCAGGAAGACGCGACGUGCAUGGGCUGGCUGGACAGGCAACGUGCGGCGUCAGUGGUGUACGUGUCCUUCGGCAGCUGGGUGGGGCCGAUCGGGCCGGAGAAGAUCCGGGAGCUCGCGCUGGGGCUGGAGGCCACCGGCCGGCCGUUCCUGUGGGCGCUCAGGGAGGACCCGUCGUGGCGCGCCGGGCUCCCCGACGGCUACGCCGAGAGGGUGGCCGCCGCCGGCCGCGGCAAGGUGGUGGGCUGGGCGCCGCAGGAGGACUUGCUCGCGCACGGCGCCGUCGGCUGCUACCUCACGCACUGCGGCUGGAACUCCACCGUCGAGGCCAUGCGGCACGGCGUGCGCCUCCUGUGCUGCCCCGUCUCCGGGGACCAGUUCAUCAACUGCGGCUACAUCACUCGGGUGUGGGAGAUCGGGAUCAGGCUCGGCGGCGGCAUGGGCAGAGACGAGGUGGGAGACUGCAUCGAGAGGGUCAUGGAAGGCAAGGAAGGAAGGCGCCUGCAGGAGAAGAUGGACGCGCUGAGGGAGAGAGCCGUGACCGCCGAGGCGAGGAGCUUGGCGCAACGGAACGUCAAGUCCUUCGUGAAUGAAAUUAGGAGGGAUUAUCGGUUGCCCAUGCACAUGUACAGCAUAUUGUAGAGGUCGAACAAUGUUUUUUUCUUUUUCUUUGGUGUGUGUGUUUAUCUAGUACAUCCUUUUAGAUAGAAUGCUUAGAUGAGCCCGGCUUUCAUAUAAUUGAAUAAAGCCCUAAAAGCCCGCAAA